AUGCCUGUCUUCUCGUCGUUAUCAUCCUUCUUCAACCGUCACAAGCGGAAGCUUAUCGUGACUUCUGCUUUUGCAGUUUCCGCCUACUUUCUUAUAGACCACUUUAUCGUCAAGAAAUUCAGAAACUUCCAGAACUCAUUGAAACAAGAAUUAAUAUUCAAGCAGCAAAUCAAGCAAAGAUUCAUUCAGACACAACAGGAUUGUUACCACACAAUUCUCGCAUUGUUACCUGUGUUGACAGCCCCUAUAGUUGAUAGCUUGCCGGUUGAGUUGAUCACUAAAGCAUUACGGUUAAAGAAGAACAACCCUGGGCCUUCUCCCAACGCCAAUAAUGGUGACAACAGUCAAUUGACUACCGACAACUUGAACUUACUUGAGAAUAACCAGAAUCCUGACUCUGAAUUAGCGGUCUACUUGAGCAAGUCGAAAAUCGAGUUAUGGAACUUAUUGAAGAUCAAGACUAUCACCAGGACUCUUACCUUGAUUUAUGCAAUCUCUGGUUUGCUUUUGAUAACAAGAGUACAGUUGAAUAUCCUUGCAAGAAGAUCCUACUUGGAGUCGGCCAUCUUAAUGGCGGGAGUCAAGUCUACUUCCACUGCCGAAUCCAUUAACCCUCAAGAAAACUACAUCAUUGAACAAACAUACCUUUCUUUGUCCUGGUGGCUUCUUAACAAGGGCUGGGCCAACUUGCACUCUUUGAUCGAGCCCUUGGUGGUUAAGCAUUUUGAAUCCAUCAACCCUAAAUCAGAAUUGUCGAUCUCAGACUUCCAAGGCAUUUUAUCAGACAUUGUGAACGAGUUGAAUCAUCCUUCAGUCAACAUAUCUGAGAACUUGUUUCCGAUUCAUUAUGACGAUGUGGUGGAAUCACUUCUCAAUGUCAAUCCAGAAUUAAUCUCCCAACUCGAUAGUCCAGAAUCCAACUUGUUCAAGUUGGUCAACGAAACUAAGUCGAUAAUCUCCAAUGAUAACGCAUCCUACUUCCACAACUUGUUCAGCACUUUGGUAACUAGCUCCUUGAACACUUUGCAUGGUAACUUGCUCGUCAAUCUUCAAGGAGGCUCCUCUUCGUUGUUGCUCAACUCUUCCACCGACUUGAAGGAAGAGAAGAUUGUUGAUCUCGAAUCUAUAAACACCAGAUUCAAGUUAGCCAGCUUCUUAGCCCAAUUGUCUGUGCAAAAUGGAAUUAUUAUUGAUAACAACAACAUUAAGUACGAAGAAGAAGACGAUAUUGAAGGAUUUAUCAACAACUUAAGCAAUCCAGAUGGAUUUGGAAAUGGUCCUAAGAACCUAGAGCUCUCAGGUAAUGCCUAUGUCAACGAAAUCAACAACUUGGAUGAGUUGGACGAAUUCAGUGCUGGAAUCUACUCCAAUUUCGAGUAA